UUCCUAUAAUAAUCAAAUAAUUAUGAUUCUCCUCUCACUUUUGCUUUCACUCCUUCCUAUUUUGACCGUCUCCGCACCUCAAAAACAUGAGUUGUCAUCAAGUUACAGACGUCUAGGACCACGCUACCAGGUCCUUAAAGAAUAUGUCUUUUCUGGACAAAAGAAUGUUCGAUAUGAGACUAAACCUUCGCAGUUUUUCGAUGCUAACGGAAAUCCGUUAAAUGCAGCAAAAUUCACAGGAGCAAGCUCGGGUUGUAUUGAUAUAGACGGUGUAAAUCACCCGGAAGGGGUAGAAUAUGAACGCCAGAAUAAACACUUUAAAUAUCGCUGUGUAAAUGGGCAGGAGGAGGUUUCAGCAUGUAUUGGCUCUGAUAGAACAAACAAUGCUCGCAUUCCUGUGGGUCAAACAUUAGAUAUCAAGGGCUACUGGCAUAAAUGCAUGAAAUACCCGAAUGGUUCAGUUAUCUAUACACAAGCUAGUAGUUGUUCUACUGGCAGUAAUGAAUACAGGGUGGGUGAAGAAAUUUUGCUAGGCAACCUGCGAGUGGUUUGCGGUGAUCAGGGAUAUAGUGUUGUUGGAUGCUACUUCUAUAAUAAUGGACAAGUCCAGAAGCUAAAUGUAGGAGAACAAAAACAAGUGGGAAAAGCGUUACAUUUCUGUGAAACAAAGGGUAAUACACUCCAGUAUUAUUCUAAAGGAUCAGGAGGUUGUGUAAAAGCUGGGAAAGAAUAUGCCGAAGGUGCUGUCUACUUAACCAAUCAUUUACGUUAUCAAUGCCAAGGAGGAAUUAUGGAUGUUACAGGCUGUUAUAUUAACGAAAAUCGUGAUUUACCAAUUGGACAGGAUGUUGUCGAGAAAGGAAUGGUUUAUCGUUGCUACAGACUUGGACCAAAGGUCUCCAGAUUCUUUUUUGGGAGUAUAACAUGCAGAAUUUCAUCAAAAUAUUUUCAGAUUGCGUACCAUGAGUAUGCUUGCGGUUUCAGAGGAACUCCAAGUUGUACUCCUCCAGCAAUCCCUAAAACACCAAAUCAAGUUCCUGCCCUCGGACGAGGCCUAAUUUCUCCAGGAUUUGGCUCAUUCUCAAUUGUGGAGACUAAUCCUGGCAGUCAACAAGUCAAGUUUCCUAGCUCCGUGAAUCUUGGGUUGCAGAAAAAACCCUUGACGAAUGAAGGAUUUUCUUCAUAA